UCCUCCAAAUCAAGCUCCUCUUUCUCACCAUCCCAUUCUUGAAAAUGGGACUCUUUCUCUUAUAACAUUGAAUUCCUUCUGUUUAGAAGAUUCAUUUCAUUAUAUUGUUAAAUGAUAUUUAAAUUGACUUGAUCUGAUUCAUUGGUACGUAUUUUUCAUCAUUUCUUGGAUAAUUUUUCCGUAGCUAGUGUUUGGUUAACUGGUGUAUGUAUAAUAGAAACAUGGUGUCGCCAAAUAGAUCUCAGGAGGACCAGUUUCCUACUCUGGCCAGACAAGGGUCCUUGUACAAUCUCACAUUUGAUCAGCUGGGAAACAUAGGAAAGCCUUUGAAUGCUGCUAAGUUAGAUGAGUUGUUGAAAAAUGUAAUUUCUGUUGAGGAAGGCCAGUUGCUGCAAAAUGUUAAACCGUCUUUUUCUCCUAAUAGUUCCUCCUCCUCAGCUUCAGCUUCUGCUUCUGCUUCUUUCUUUCUUGGCAAUUUGGACUUGAAUGGAACGUUGAAUAAUAAAAAGGUCGAUGAGGUUUGGAAGGACAUUGUCCAUCAAGAACACGUCAAUGCCAUGGACAACCAAUCAAGAUUUCAGCAACAACUUGAAGAAACAACACUUGAGGAUUUCCUGGUUCGCACUGGGAUGAUCAAUAUAGGGAAUCAAAAUGCUAUGCUUAAUCUUCAGACAAUUAUGGCAAUUGAUCCAAUGGUUGUGGCCUCACAGCAGGCAGAUUGGCUGAAGCUUCAAAUGACAGCUGUGCAGCGACGGCAACAGCAGCAGAUGACAGUGAUUGAUUCAAAUUUUCAUGUAUCUGAACCAUCAGUUUUUGAGAACCUAGUGCCAGCAGUGUCAGCUACAUCUUCAAAGUCUCAGGCAGCUGCUGUAAAGAAGCGACGAUAUUCGGAUGAGAUAAUGGAGAAGACAAUUGAGAGGAGACAGAAGAGGAUGAUGAAGAAUCGCGAGUCUGCUGCAAGUUCAAGAGCAAGAAAGCAGGCUUAUACCAACCACUUGGAGCAUGAAGUGUUUCAGUUGAGGAAAACAAAUGCCUGGCUCAAGAAACUGAAGGAAGUGGAGAUUCUUCUAUCAAUUGAUACAAAGCUUAUGCCUCGAUACCAACUUGGACGAACCAGCUCAGCUCCGUUCUAGCAUAUGUUAAUAUUUGAUAGUGAAAAAUUCUCGAUUAAAUUAAAAUUUGCUUUAUUCAUUUCAUAAAUAGACAUAGAGAGCCACAUACCAAUUUGAUUUCAAGGAGGUUUC